AUGUCUCGAUUAGCAAAUAUAAACCUUAAACUCAAAGAUGGUAGAUCAAUCUUGGUCACAGUAGACGAAGACAAGGUCGACAGAUUCCGUAAUGGUCCUGAUAAACUGCUAGAUGCUCUUGCCAAAAAAUAUCCACAUGAUCUUCCUACAAAGCCAGUGUAUAUCAGUGUGCAGGACAACAAUAUCACAAACCUAUCAUUGAGUGAAGCACCAGAUAUAACUUUGAAUGAUGUCCACAAUCCCCAGAUGAUUACAUGCAAAGAACGUAGAGUUCAGCUUGGGAGUUUUCAUUGGGAACGGAAUGACGUACUUACUUUGAUUCGUCUUCGCUCUGAGAAAGAGCCCAUGUUUAACAAAUUUGGAGUUCGCAAGAAAGACGUGUGGGCAAUGAUUGCUGAAGAGUUUCAGGCCAAAGGUUUCGAUGUGACCAGUGGUCAGUGCGAGCAGAAAUGGAAGAACAUUACCAAAAACUACCGUGAUACGGUUGAUUACAGUUACUUCAGCAACAAUCACAGAGAGUGUCCAUUUUUCAAAGAAUUAGCUGCUGUUUACCCUUACGACCCUAAAGAGAAGCAUUCUAAUCAACAAUCAGGGAUAAACAUGUCCCAGCUUAGCGGGGGGAGUGGGAUGGGUUCAAAAACCAACACCACAGGUGUAACCGUCAGUAAUUCAGAUGAAUUCUCUAACUACCAUGGCAUCGAUACGACCAGCAGCUCAUCCGGUAGGCCCACCGAAAAUUUAAAUGAAGACUUCCAGCAAGAGACGUACCUGCAGGAAGUUACCCCGGAUAUAUCAGUCGAUGCCCUUUUUCAAACACCCGAAGUUAAACAAGAGAUUAUAGAUGAUGAUGAUGAUCCCGUAAUUGUGAUACCUACUUCUCCACCUCCUCCUCCUCCCCCCACGAUGGCAUCGACAUCUGUGGCUUCUUUAUUAUCGUCAAAUAGGGACUCUCCUAUUUUCCAACCUCGUUCUCUACCCCAGCUGACACCUACAUCUUCCAUCACAUUAGAUUGUAACAUUCCUUCAAUAUCUUCUAUUUUAUUGUCACCAUUGCCCUCUUCUUCAUCACUAGCAGCUCCCAUAGUCCAAUCAUCUGUCAAACAAGAACCCAUUUCAGUCCCAAUGCAGUACUCUUCUGCUCCUAACGUCUGUCUGCAACCGCAAAUCACCGAGAUGUUGCAGACCCAACAAAUCAGCAGCGGCCCGCAGACCUCUUUUACACCGGUGCAGUCGUUGCCGUCACAUUCCUCAACCCAGUCUAACCAACAUUCGUCAUCUCCCAUGAACCCAGGUACACAGACGAGAAAACGGCCACGAGAGAACCUAUCCUUUACUUCCUCCAGCAACAAUUCUGUCAGUGAUAUGCUUGCAUAUCGACGUCGGCUUCUGCGAAGGACACCGUUCUCUGUGCCAAACAAUAUGCUGGAAAUGCUUAAACAGAUGAACGAGGAACGACGAAGGGAACACCGGACUCUAAUGAACACACUAAAUCAACAUCACGAAGACCUUUUGGAUUUAUUUAAACAACACCAGCAAGAAUAUUUACACCAAGAGGAAAUCAAACAGGCUCUUCUAUCAGAGCUCAUUGAACGCAUGUCGAAAAAUUAA